CAUCGAUUUUCUAUCGAAAGUAGUCCAUCUCUGAACAAAUUCUGGUAUUGCAUCCAGACUUUUGCUCCCAGCAUAGUAAACAAUCUUUGAGUUGGGUCAUCAUUGGCGGCUUGUCUAACUCGCGUCGAACACUUUCAAGAAGAAACAACUCGUUUUAAGGUAGAGACUUCUGAUAUCUGACUAAAAUGCUGUAUUAAGGUAACCAUAGUUUAAGCAGCGAUGUUGGACAUUCAAAAAGUCAAGCUCUUAAUUAGUGUCUGUCUUAUCUGUGUGGCUUAUGAGUGGCUGACCGACCUGAGCGAUGAUUCCMUWAUCUGCCUAUUGGAAGAAUGUUUAGUGAUGGYAACGUACUUUCAAGAUAUCAAAMCAGUUAUGAAAGUUUGCGGGAUGUUGGGCARUGUUUAUUUCAAAUCAGGGGAAUACAAAAAAGCCAUUGAAUGCUAUGAAAAGACCCUCACCAUUGCUAAAACUAUUGAUGACAAAAUAAUGAAAGAGAACAUAAACAGUCUCUUAGGUAAUGCCUAUUCCUCAUUGGGAAACCAUCUCAAGACAAUUGAACAUCAUGAAAAGAGCCUUAGCAUUGCAAAAGAGAAUGGUAACAGAAAGGGAGAAGGAUGGAAUUACAGAAUCUUGGGAACUACCUAUGAAUUACAAGGAGAAUAUCAAAAAGCUAUUGAGUAUCAUGAGAAAAGCCUUAUCAUUGAAAAAGAGAUUGGCAACAGAGCAGGAGAAGGAAGCUGUUACGGACGCUUAGGAGUUGUCUAUGUGUCAUUAGGACAAUAUCAAACGGCUAUUGAUURUAGUGAGAAAAGCCUGAGCAUUGCAAAAGAGAUUGGUAAUARARCAAUUGAAGGAAGCAGUUACGGAAACUUAGGAAAUGCAUAUAAUUCAUUAGGAGAAUAYCAGAAGGGUAUUGAUUAUAUUGAAAAAGGACUUAAUAUUGCAAAAGAGAUUUGCAACAGAGCAGGAGAAGCAAGCUGUUACGSAGGYUUAGGAAGUGCUUAUGRAUCAYUAAGAGAAUAUCACAAGGCCAUUCAUUAUCAUGAAAAAAGCCUGAGCAUUGCAAAAGAGAYUGGUAAUAGRGCAAUUGAAGGAAGCAGUUACCGAAGAUUAGGAAAURCCUAUGAGUCAUUAGGAGAAUAUGACAAGGUUAUUGAUUGUUAUGAAAAGUGCCUUAGCAUUGAAAAAGAGAUUGGUAACAGAGCGGGASAAGGAAGCUGUUACAGAAACUUAGGAGAAGCUUAUCRAUUAUUAGGAGAAUAUCACAAGGYAUUUGAAUAUCUCRAGAAGGGCCUUAACAUUGCAAAAGAGAUUGGUAACAGAGARGGAGAAGGAAGSAGUUACGGAAGCUUAGGAAAUACAUAUCAGUCAUCAGGACAACAUCACAAGGCUAUUGAUUAUCUYGAAAAAAGCCUUAACAUUGCAAAAGAGAUUGGUGACAGAGCGGGGGAAAUGACAAGUUACUGUAACUUAGGAAAUCCCUAUGUGUCAUUAGGACAAUAUCAAAAGGCUAUUGAUUAUAAUGAGAAAAGCCUUAGCAUUGCAAAAGAGAUUGGUGAUAGAGCAAYUGAAGGAAGYAGUUACGGAAACUUAGGAAAUGCAUAUCAAUCAUUAGGAGAAUAUCAGAAGGCUAUUAAUUAUCAUAAAAAAAGCGUUAACAUUGCAAAAGAAAUUGGCAACAGAGCGGGAGAAGGAGGCAAUCAAGGAAGCAUAGGAGUUUGCUAUAUGCAAGAAUCAAGCAUCAAAAACCUCGACAAAGCUGAUGAACAUCUCCAAAACAGCAUUGAUUGCUAUGAAAAGAUGUUUGAUGACUUGAGAGAAAAAGACCAAUUGAAGAUUUCUUUUGUGGAUACCUAUGUUAAAGCAUACAAGUGUCUUAUCGUAGUUCAACUGGAAAAUAAACGGAUAGGAAAGGCUCUUCUGGUAUCUGAAAGAGGACGAGCCCGUGCUUUAAGAGAUCUCUUAAGCUURAAAUACAACACGACCGAAAGAUGCCCAUCAAAACAAAAAGCGUUGGAGCUAGAUGAUGUCAAGAMAGUUUYGUCCAGUGGUGAUACCAGCAUYAUUUUUUAUGAUCUUCAUCGAAACAAACUGACAACACGAUUCUGGGUUAUAUSUGCUCGUUCAAAUUCAAUCUUCUUUUAUAAUGAAAUAAAAGAACGCGAAGCUUUUGAAAAAAUCAUAUCCAAUCUGUCUCAAGAAGAGGAAACGAGGAUUGAACAUUUAUAUUUGAAACAUCUUGUUGAAAACAGCUUUCUUCAGAUGAGUGUUAGAGAACAAAUAAAAUGUGAGGACCGAUCGUUGGAGUCACUACAGAGUGAAGACCUUGACUCUGCAUCUUGUAAAAUCCCUUCAAAAACCAUUGGGCUUUCAUCCAAAGAUUGCCGAGAAUUUCUAAGAUGUGUCUACAUGGAAGAAGACGAUGACAAGCCAUUGCAAAUGCUGUUUUACCGAUUAAUUACACCAGUGCUUGACAAGCUGACCACAGAGGAAAUUGUCAUUAUUCCGGAUGGCCCUUUKUUCAUGGUACCAUUCGCUGCUCUACAGGAUCCAGACACGGGCAACUUUCUAUCUGAAACCAAACGGCUUCGCUUAGCUCCCUCUCUGACGACUUUGAAGAUUUUGCAAAAAACUCGUCAUUACAAGUCGGGUGCACUGAUCAUUGGAGAUCCUGCCGUCGGUGAAGUCAUGUAUAGAGGGAUAAAGAGAGAUAUCUAUCCUUUGUCUGGUGCAAGAGAGGAAGCCAUAGAGAUCGGAAAACUACUCGGAGUAGAAYCAUUGAUAGGAGAGAAGGCAACAAAAGAAGCUGUUUUAAGCAAACUACAACAUGGUGURUCUGUUAUUCACUUUGCUGCUCAUGGCAGUGCAAGAAAUGGAGAGAUUUUCCUGRCCCCUUCUAAACCUUCACCAUCGAGCACAGCUACCCCAGAAGAGAAGGACUACAUCUUGACAAUGAAGGAAGCACAGGAAAGUGGWGUUCGUGCCAAACUUGUUGUACUCAGCUGUUGCCAUAGUGGUCGAGGYGAGAUCAAAGCAGAAGGWGUAGUUGGWAUGACUCGAGCAUUUCUUGCUGCAGGAGCCCGUGCCGUUGUAGCGUCCUUGUGGGCCAUUGAUGACCAAGCUACUAUGUUCUUUAUGGUGAAAUUCUAUUCACACCUAAAGAAAGGAGAGAGUGCCAGUAGGAGUCUACAGCAAGCAAUGAAGGAUAUGAKAGAAACMGAGRAAUACAAGGAGCCAAUGYACUGGGCUGCCUUCUUUCUCAUUGGWGAUGACGUCACUAUUACAGUGUAAUAGAAUGUUCAUUGUUUGCAAGGUCURUGAYACCGAGUACCCUUCAUGUAGCAAUGCAGCUGUCAUACUGACUUUAUAGACGUUAGGGGAAAUCAAGCAUGUUAUUUAACCGUAAUGAUUAAUUUAUAGACGAUUUGAUACCAAUUUGCUGAGUGUAGUAUAUAUGUAGGCACAUGUCCAUGUAUUUUGAAAGCAGUUUACAUAUGAGAAGAAUACUUUUCUAUGAUCACUUUUUUCACUAUUUUGUGCCUGCUGUGUUAUGACGGCAUGACCAGAAAUGCAAAAAGGGUAAAGAUUUCGUAUCAGACAAUCUGGUAGAAACUUUGAUUUCUAUGGUCUUCUAUUUAUGGUUACGAUCGAUAAAUUAAAACAAUAGACUGGUAUGAAGCCAAUAUACAUAUUUUAUUUUAUAAUCAUAUAUUUUGAGUAAGACAUCUUUGAUUUUUACAUGUUUCGGCAGUGCACGUGUCUACUGCCAUCGUUAGUGUGAGAUGUUAUAMCAAUCAAUAAUGGAAUGAAUAAAUUAAAGAAAAAACAAUAUCAUAAUAUGAAUAUGUAAGCUAUUUUAAUAAAAUAAAGAGGAUUAAAAGAGUACAU